UCAAGAAUGAUGUUUGCUACAUCGAAACUGAUUGCUAUAAUGGCUUUUAUAGCAAGUAUGGUGUUCUGUAACAUCCUUGCUUCAACUCCGUCUCCCGCAGAGUGUGCACCGAGCUGUAAUUGCACAAGAGUUCCUUCCAACGAUGUUUGCAAACCACUUCUGAGCUCGUCCAAGAAUGAUCAUGUGAAGUGCAUCUGCCCAGAAAACGGACUGAUACCUGACGAGUUUCUGGAUGUUCUUUGUAUUGAGGUGAAAUUUGAAGGCCAAGCUGUUCUGGACAGUGGAUCUUUCAGCGUGAAUAAUUUCAGCGCCCUGUACGGUUUGGCAAUGUCUGGGGUUCAGUACAUCACACCAGGUGGUUUCAGAGCGGUGGCAAGUAUUACAGAACUGUUUUUCAGAGACAUAUCUGUAAUCGUUUUUGAAGGGAAUGUUUUCAUGUACCUAGAGCGACUUGGAGAGAUCCUUGCUGGUAAUAAUAACAUAAGUUUUCUGAAAGAUGGAUGCUUUGAAGGUCUUACCCAGACCCGUAACAUCAAUUUAUCUUAUAAUUCUAUCUCGGGUGUUUCCAGAGAUAACUUCCUUGGACUGACAAUGUUACAGACGCUCGAUCUUUCAUGGAACAACAUCGUUCGACUCGAACCAAGAACUUUCGAACUGAUGCCAAAACUUCAAACACUGAACCUUGCUUCAAACGCCAUAGUACGAAUUGACCGCGGGACCUUUCUGAAUUUGAACCAACAGGGAACACUCAAUCUUGAUGGGAACCAAAUCCACGUACUUCCAGAGCCACAAGUCUCAGAAUCAAAGAGUCACCCAGUUAUCGUAAUCAUACGCCACAAUCCUCUACAAUGCGAUUGUCGCAUGAACUGGGUAAACUCUUGGAUUAAGACCGAGGGUCCACAAAUCUCUGGUAGUUGCGAAUAUCCGGAGACGCUCAAACGGAUCACCAUAUUCAAAGCUUACAAAGAACCGAUGCCACAAUGCCAUGACAAUAACACUAAGAUACAUGUAAGUACAGGAAGUAUGGCCAUACUGACCUGUCCAUUCGUUUACGCCUCCUGGGUUGUUCCUGAUAUGCCUAAUGCUACUCUCCAGGACUCAGGGCAGAGCGACAACCAUUAUUUCCUGACCAAUCGUGAUUCACUCGUGGUAUGGAACGCCCAAAAGCAACAAGAAGGCGUUUACACAUGCACCACAGAAGAUGGAGAAGAAUCAAUGGUCUACGAUCUUGUUAUUUACUCCAAACCAAAUAUUUUGUUGAUAUUUUUAAUUAUAUUCGUCAUAUCGUGCUUUUUAUUAUCUUGUUACAUUUUGUACCUUCACGGUUGCUUUAAUAAAUGUCAAAUAAAGGGAUACAGGGACAUCAACGGCCAGAAUGAUGGGAACAUAAGAUACGUUAAUAACCCAAUCGUGCCACCACACCCUUAAAAAUGUUGGGUAAUCGGUCCACACAACAAUUAUUGGUCAAACUUUUUCCAAUUCUGGUUGGUUUUGAACCGAUAAUGUGCAUGCGCUUUGGGUGAAAACUACACAGUAUUGGUUGAAAACUACCCAGAGUUGGAUAAAUAUAUCAUACCCAAUUGUUCUGUGGACAUUAUGUUGCCCAAUAUUCUAAGAGUGUAUGUGGUUUGUCGCUCCUAGUCGGGGCGAACCAAAAGACUUCAAUUAUUUUGAAUAAUUUUUGUUUCAAUCUGAAUGCCAUAGUAUAUUUGAUGUAAAGAGAUAUCAUAUUAAAAAUUCUUGUGUACUUUUCAAAAUAAAUGUUUGACCAUUGAUGAGUGGUCUAGCGCGGCCGCGGGCCGGCAAACGAACAUCUCGUAUCUCGUGCCCUUCUGGACUGAAUAAUAGAAACCUUUAUGAAUAUGGAAUGGACAGGAAAGUGUUUCUUUUCACAUGGUACCAACCAUUCUUGCAGUGUUAUUAUGGUGAUGUCCUUAUGAUAUUUCGGAAAACAAAAUCCAUUUUAUCUUAGUUGGUGAUUGGAAUUGUGUAUUAGAUACAAAGAAAGGUGUUCAGGUAGUACAAAGUUCAUAUUAUAAAACACCUCAAAAAUAAUUCAACUUUGUAAACAGAGAAGAUUGACAGAUAUUUGGAGAAAGACCCAUUCAGAUACGAAACAAUUUACGUGGAGAAAUUUGUAUAUAUCAUCUUUAUUCACCAAAUAAGUGUGUAACAUAUAUGUGCCACCUCAAUAAAAAAAAUGUACAUAAUAAAUCACAAAUUAAAUACUCAAAUAGAGAAAGAAGAUGGAGUAAAUUGAAAAAAAGAAAUACAUAGAAAUUCUCUCAACUGACAAUACUUCUUCCCUAGUUAACGUGUUACAUACGUUUUCCUGAUCUCUUACUAGCUGCUAUAAGUUCUUUCAGAACAUUCACAUUAAUUUCUUUACAAGCCGGAGACAUCACAGUUCUUACUCUUCACUACUUUCACUAAGAAAAUAUUUCAUCUCGUUUAUUCAUCUCCUUUCAAAAAGUUGAGAAAGGGUUCCUUUUGCCAUGUUUUAAAACCUUUCUCAUGAAUCCCGAACCAGUUUUCACAAUUACGUCAUGUAGAGCAUUAAGGUUGACAAUCAGACAGUAAAGCUACCACCAAAUCACAAUGAGUUAUAUCAUUAAUUCCCCUAAUUUUUCUCAGAGCUUUCCUCCAACAGAUGCAUAUGGUUAAUACAGCUUUACUUCCUAAUUGCCAGAAGCAUGCUAGAAACUACAACGAUAUUGUUUGAAUAUUAAACACAGCACUGGUGAUUUAAUAUGGCCAAAAUCUGAUAUGAUAAUAUUAAAACUUUUCCAGAAUUCAGCAGUAGCUGCUGAAACCAAGCUAUUUUUGUCAAUAGUUGAGAUACCGUGACCUAAUGCCCCACUAUUGAUAUUUGACACAUUUUAUAUCAUUAAUAACAACAUAAUAUUCCCUAGAAUUGUUGUUUCCACCAGCUGGUAAGACAAGAAAUAGACUUUUAGAAAGUGAUAUCAAAUUCUGUGGCAAAUUUCUCACGUAUCCUGGUUUGGAAACCUUUCUUUGUUGGCGACAUAAGAGUAAUAUCAGCAGCAUAUGCUAAGCAUCCCGCAAAAUAACUACCAAUUCUACAACCAAUCCCUUCUUGUUCAAGUUUUUACAAGCAGAUCAUUCACAUAAACUGAAUACAGAAUAGGAGAUAAUACUCAUAUUUGUUUUAUACUCUGUUAAUUUAUCAUUGAAGAUGCAUCAAGACUUUUUUUAAACCCUUA